CCGGAACUGCCUUUGGUAGCUGGUGCUUUGGAAACCGCAUCGGUAUCAAUCGUCCCAUCACUAGUAACGACCCGUGUGGUUGCGUCAACCUUGCUGUCAAGUUGGGUCGUAACAAAAUGUGAAGAGAUCUAGCUAACGAUGUGAUUAAUAUAUAGUUAGCAAAUUACCAACGUCUUAUUGGUCAAACAAGGGAUCUUUUUUUGCCAGGUACUUGGGUUGGUGACAAGUGCUCAGCUGGUCAGGAACUGCUGUGUGUGGUGGUCAAUGUAACAGACAGUACGAACAACUCAUCCAGCGUCGCCAUGGGCCAGGACAGAGGGAAGUAUGAUUUCUACAUCGGCCUGGGACUAGCCAUCAGCUCCAGCCUCUUCAUAGGAGGAAGCUUCCUCCUCAAGAAGAAAGGACUACUCCGCCUGGCCAGGAAGGGACAGUGCAGAGCAGGCCAGGGCGGACACACAUAUCUUAAAGAAUGGCUCUGGUGGGCUGGCUUAUUAUCAAUGGCGGCUGGAGAAGGGGCGAACUUUGCGGCUUACGCCUUCGCUCCUGCUACUCUCGUCACCCCUCUGGGGGCCCUCAGUGUGCUGGUCAGUGCGGUGCUGUCCUCGUACUUCCUGACCGAGCGUCUGAACCUGCACGGGAAGCUGGGCUGUCUGCUCAGUAUCUUGGGUUCUACUACCAUGGUGAUCCACGCCCCUCAGGAGGAAGAGAUCAACAGUCUGGACCACAUGGCUCGGAAACUGGUCCAGCCAGGUUUCCUGGUGUUUGCCACCUUCGUCAUCAUCGUAGCGCUCAUCUUCAUCUUGGUGGUGGGCCCUCGGCACGGCCAGACCAACAUCAUGGUGUAUAUUACCAUCUGCUCUGUGAUAGGAGCUCUGUCGGUGUCGUGUGUGAAGGGGUUGGGCAUCGCCAUCAAAGAGGCCAUAGCUGGGAGGUCCGUGGUGUGGAACCCUUUAUCCUGGGUGUUACUGCUCGGGCUGGUGGCCUGCGUCUCCACUCAGAUCAACUACCUGAACAAGGCUCUGGAUAUCUUCAACACCUCCCUGGUCACACCCAUCUACUACGUGUUCUUCACCACCUCAGUCCUCUCCUGCUCUGCCAUCCUCUUCAAGGAGUGGGAGCACAUGGCUACUGCUGAUGUUAUCGGGACUCUGAGUGGGUUCCUGACCAUUAUAGUUGGUAUCUUUCUGCUCCAUGCCUUUAAGGACCUUAGUGUGAGCCUGUCCACGCUGGCGGUGUCCAUCAGGAAGGACGAGAGGCCCGGGCCGGCAGCUAACGGAGUGGCAACACACGGCAGCUACGAACUGCUACGCAAUGACUCCACAGACAUGAACCUGAAGGAGAAGGAGGUGGGCCUGCCGUUUGACAGUCUGUCCCGGAGGAACGGUGAUAUGACAGCCUCUUAGAGGACCUAGCUGGCGGUCUGGUGUAGUUCUACUGACUAGGACCAUUAACAUUGGUGUGAACGUUUGGAGACACUCGACUCUAGGAAAGAAAAGAAAACCUGUGCCAUGGAUGGACCAACUGAUUGUAUUUCCCUUCUGUUUCCCUGGAUAUCUGACUGCGUGGACGGAGCUUCAUAGAGCGGUCAAUGUUUAACCAGCCACCGAGUGUCUACAAAUCCACAGAUUUAUUUAGGUAAAAUAUUCAACCCCUGUGGAGAUCCCAGGUCUUUGUCUGGUCAAUAUGACACUUGAAAGGAAGAGUUCUGAAAAUCACCAUUAACCUUUUUGUUGUUGUAUUGUUUGCAUAAAAAAAUAAGUUCUCAAGAACAAGGCAGAGAUUUGUUAUAUAUUUAUUGAAUUAAAAAUGAUUCCAAAAAGGCA